UGGACCUACUUUUCCUCAUCUUUUUUUUUCCACACAUCACUUUCCUCCUCCUCCUCCUCCUCUUCCUCCUCCAUAUUUUUGUUUUUUUUGUCAAAACACACGUUGUCUCCUCCGAUUUCAUCAUUGUUUCCCCAUACCAAUAAUUUCCAAUCUUUUGUUUUUGUUUCCUAUGUUCAUUCGCCCAAAUUUCAUUGCUUUUUUCUUGUCAAUGUACUUACUUGAUUGUUCUUCCAAUUGGGUUUUCAUUCAUUAGUGUUUUUGGUAUCAAAAACUUGUAGUUGGAGAAGGUCUGGUUUUGAUUUUGAUGUAAUAAUCCUAUCCUCAUCGUUUGGGGGGUUACACGUAAAUUUUUUUUCGCUAAAUCUUUUUGUUGUUUGAGUCAUUGCUAAAGAUUAUGAUAAUUUUUUGAUUUUCUUAUCUGGGUGUCUGAGAAAGCUAGGAUUUUUUUAGAUCUGGGUUUGUGUUAGUUUGGUGAAUCUGUUGAGAUUUGUGGGUGAGUGUUUGGUGGGUGUUGGGAUUAUGCAGAAAUAAGUGUUGGGUUGGGCACAAAUCUGGGUGGAGAGAGCUGUGUUUUUUUAUUGGAGGAGGAUUUUGAGAAAAUGGAGCAUGUGAUUGGUGGAAAGUUCAAGCUGGGGAGGAAGAUUGGGAGUGGGUCUUUUGGGGAGCUCUAUUUAGGUGUCAAUGUGCAAUCUGGGGAGGAAGUGGCAGUUAAGCUGGAACCUGGGAAGACCAAGCAUCCUCAGCUUCACUAUGAGUCAAAAUUGUAUAUGCUUCUUCAAGGAGGAACUGGAAUUCCCCACCUCAAGUGGUUUGGAGUUGAGGGUGAGUACAACGUCAUGGUUAUCGACCUUCUUGGACCAAGUUUGGAAGAUUUGUUUAACUAUUGCAAUAGGAAGUUUACCUUGAAAACAGUUUUGAUGCUCGCAGAUCAAUUAAUUAACAGAGUUGAGUACAUGCAUUCAAGGGGUUUUCUUCACCGUGAUAUAAAGCCUGACAACUUCUUAAUGGGCCUAGGGCGUAAAGCAAAUCAGGUUUACGCAAUUGAUUUUGGACUGGCAAAGAAGUAUAGAGAUCUUCAGACUCAUAAGCAUAUACCAUACAGGGAAAACAAGAAUCUUACUGGUACAGCUCGCUAUGCAAGUGUUAAUACUCACCUUGGAAUUGAACAAAGCAGAAGGGAUGAUCUGGAAUCUCUUGGUUAUGUGCUUAUGUAUUUUCUAAGAGGAAGCCUUCCCUGGCAGGGAUUAAAAGCUGGCACAAAAAAGCAAAAAUAUGACAAGAUCAGUGAAAAGAAGAUGUCAACUGCUAUAGAGGUGCUUUGCAAAUCAUAUCCAUCUGAGUUUGUAUCCUAUUUUCACUACUGUCGGUCAUUGCGGUUUGAGGACAAACCAGAUUAUUCAUAUCUAAAGAGACUUUUCCGAGACUUGUUUAUAAGAGAAGGUUAUCAAUUUGACUAUGUAUUUGACUGGACUAUAUUGAAGUACCCUCAGAUUGGUGGCAGCUCUAGAGGAAGGCAAUCCAAUGGGAAGGCAUGUUUGAAUGCAGGCCCUUCUGGAGAAAGAGGGGAGAAGAUCUCAGUUGGGAAAGAGAUCCGAGAUAAAUUCUCAGGUGCAGUUGAAGCAUUUUCCAGGAGAGGCCCUAGUCCACAUCAUGCCAAACACAGGACUCAUGAGGAUUUAUCUUCGUCCAAGGAAGUGCACCUUGAUUCAUCAGGACACAAUUCUUCUCGGUAUGGCAGCACUUCAAGAAAAGCAGUCGUCUCAAGUGGUAGGGGUUCUUCUGGUGAACACAGUGAAGCUCGUGCAGGACGUCUAGUCCCAAACAGCGGCCGACCAUCUACCACACAAAGAAUUCAAUCUGGUUAUGAGCCCAAAUCAUCUCAUACUCGCGCUCAUACUUCUAGAGGCACUCGUGAUGAUCCUCUUCGGAGCUUUGAGCUCCUCUCAAUAAGGAAGUGACUGCGAGUAUUUUAUUAGUAAGAAGAUAAUUGUUAUGCUUUUAAUGAAUAUAUACCUCUUCAAUUUGAAAAAAAAAAAAAAAAAUUGAGAGUUAUUUUCCCCUGUACAUGGGAGAUCGCCUAAUCGCCACCAUUCCCAGUCAUAUAACUUCUCUUAUGUUAAAAUUCCUGAACUUCCACUUCCCUUUUAGCCUUGGCCGAAAUAUUUUAGGCCAUUGCAACGUGUGUUAAACACAUCCUGUGAAUGGAAAAAUUACGUAUUAAGAAACCCAAGUAGCUGUGAUAGAGGGAGCUCUUCCAUUUAGUCCUCUAGUCUGCAUUUUAAAGAGAUCUCUAUUUCUUCAUCUUGUCAUUGUUGAAUUUAGGAAAUUAAUGUACAAUAUUUAAGAAAUUGUGGUAAGUUUUGCUCUUUUUUUA